AGUACAAAUGUCAACCCUUUCAAUUGUACACACGAAAGAGAGAUCAUUAUUUCUUCUAUCAAUUUUUUUUUAUCCUGAAAAAUGGACAUUUUACAGCCGCAAUUACUAUGGAUUGGUAAACGAUGUUAUAGAAUUAAUUCCGUAGCCAAAGAAACUGAAUAUGAACAUCAACAGCCGACAAGAAAUGAAUACAUAGAAGAUGAUUUGUAUGGCGAUGAAGAUGCAAUUGUGCAAGAUGACGAUAUUGAUGUUAUCAAAGUGUCAGCAAACGAUUACAAAUUUACAUUUCAUGUGCCACAAGCAUUUUACGGUGCUAUUAUCGGCAACAAAGGCUCGGUGAAAAAACGUAUUGAAGGAGAUACACGCACCGAAAUCAUAAUUCCCAAGCAUAGCAACAACAAUAACAAGCACGGCUCAUUGAACACCAUCAGCAUAUUGGGCAAAAAGCGAGAAUCAGUUUGUUUGGCAUUUCGUCGUAUAGGGCUGAUUUUGAUCAAUUGCCGAAAUAAGCAGCGACCAACACAUUUCACCUGCGUCAGAGUUGUUGAACAAAACAUCAAACAUCGAUUCAUUGCCUUUAAGGAUGAUAUUUUAAAAAGCGGAUCAACUGUGGGUUUGCAAGAAGAAAUGUUUACACAGCCGGAUAAACUGCAUAUAACCAUAUCGGUUUUGGUUUUGAUGGAUGACCAGGAUCGCAGACGUGCCGUUGACCUAUUGAAUGACUGCCGUGAAUCAAUCGUAAUACCCAUAAAAAAUAAGCACGGAGGAGCAAUUUCGGCGAAUAUCCGCGGUGUUGAAAUUAUGAAUGACGACGAGAGUAGCGUUCGAUAUUUAUAUGGAAAAAUCGAAUCAAAUGCUUUACAAGAAAUUGCCGAUGCAAUUCUAAAGCGUUUCAUUGACGCAGGUUUGGGAAAGCGUGAAUUUGAUCGAGACACCGUUAAAUUGCACAUGACAUUGAUCAAUGCAAACCUCACAAAUAGAGAUGAGGACGGCAAUGCGAGUGCUGUGCAAAAAUUCAAAGCCAAAACAUUUGAUGCUCGUCAUAUUUUGGAAAAAUAUGCACAAUACGAAUUUGGUUCGCAACAAUUCAAUGACAUUUAUUUGAGUAUCAUGCAAACCAAGGAUGUAGACGGCUUUUACAAAUGUACAUCUACCAUUCAAUUUUGAUUUGAGAAAUACAUAUCUCACUAUAGUAGACUUGUAGACAGUGCAAUUAUUUUUAACACAAUUGAAAGACCUGUGUAAUUUUUUGAAAUAUAACAUUUCCAAUGCAAUAAUGAUAA